GCCAACGAUGGACGGCGGGCGUCAACACGUGGGCAAAGCCGACAGAUACCACUUUCGCAUACCAAUGGUCAAGCUCUGUCUCGAAAUCAAAGCUGAGCUCGAGAACGUGACAGAUCUCGCUCCAGCGUCGGAUAAGGUGACCUUUGAGUAUUUCUUCCAGGUGAAAUGCAAUAGCUGUCACGAAGUUCACCCGAAGUUCGUCGGGGUCAACCGCGAGGACAAGACAGAGGUGUCGGGUGGCAAGAAUGCUACCGCAAAUUUCGUUUGGCGUUGUGGAUGGUGCAAACGCGAGAGUUCGGCCAAAUUCGACGAGAAGUCACCAACCAUUCCAUAUUCCGCAGAUGCGAAUGGCCAGUUUGCACCCAUCCUAACCAUCGAGUGCAGAGGCCUUGAGUUCGUCGGAUUUGAUCCAAGGGGUAUCUGGCGAUGCGUUGGCCUCGAAUCCGGCACCACUUUCCCCGAGGUUGAUCUCAGCGACGGCGAAUGGGUAGAUUACGAUGAAAAGACCGAAUUACCUGUCGGGGUAUCUGCCAUCGAAAGUAGGUGGCGCAGAGCUUGAGUAACUAGUAAUUCUGCAGUGUCAAUGUUUAGUUAUGUCCCUCCUUUAAGCUCACCACAACCAACAUGUAUAUUGAAGCAUGCAAUCCAAUGAUGUAUCC